UCAUACACAGCUGUCUCUGCGGCGUCCGCGCCGUUAGUGACCUAACUAUAGCGGGGGAAGCGAAGCAGCGAUAAACACCGAUUUGUGAUGGUGCUUUCUCUGUUAUAACUUCAGUGGUGUGUAAAUGAAGAGUGAUUAGUUAACCAAGCCCAUAGAGGGCGGGGUUUGUUUCCACGAAGGGUGUGUCUGCAGGAAAUACAGACAGAGAGCAAAUCAGGAGGCCUCACACAGGAUAAACACCAAAGUUAAGAUAUUACAGCUACACAGGCGAGUUCAGAAAACUCUACGCAGUUUACACUGCUACAUGUGCUUUAUAAAUAAGUAAUAACGUCAAAAUGAGCACUACGAAGUGCUUCACAUGCACAUUAUACACAUAAUAUUAAUAAAAACAGAAAUGGCCGAAACAUUAUCAGUUAAAAUGUUUGAUUUUAAAAAGACGUGAGUGCUAGUUCUUCGUUUCACCCUCCUCUGUCACUCCAGCCCUUUGCAUGUCCCCCUCUUCACAUGUCCAAACACUCAUCCUGAGCUGUGUCUCUAAUUACUAAUCAUAACUAAUCCCAUUCAUCCAGCUCACUCCCAGUGAGAAUCUGAGCAUCUUCAACUCCUCUUUCCACCUUUUUUGUCAGCACCACUGUCUCCAAACUACAGAUCAUAACAGGUCUCACUACCAUUUUAUAAACCUUCCCUUCUCUCUUGCUGCUUUCCUUUCCAUCCUUCCUCAGCUCUCCUGUUUGCUGUCUGUUACAAGACUUGAGUGUAACACAAAGAGUAAAAAUCAGUGAGACUUUGUAGUUAUAAAUAAAGUGGAAAAUUAAUAUAAAAAAGAUUCAAGUUAAAGAUGUAAAAUCUGUAAGAAAAAGACUGAGAAAGACCAACAAUAUAAAUAAAACUUCAGAGAGUGUUUAAAAAGAUCCCGAUGUUCUGAUAUUGAAAGUUAUUUUAAGUUAGACUGUUUUCUUGGAUUUGCUAAAUGUUUAAAUAUGCGAUUGUAACUCUCUGGUGCCACCUUAAAACCUGUAAUCGGUAGUAGGACAUGAUGUCGUCAGUAAACAGGAAGUAAGUCUGUGAAUUAAGGAGAAGGCAUGUGCAGCAUGGUGGCCUUAGUCAGACAAAUCCAGUGACAUCCACAUACAUCCUUUGCCUUUGGUAGCAUUGUGGGUAUGUACAAACUUGUUUUAUAUUUUAUGUGCAUGUAUAGACCACUUUCUUUCAAGUAAGUUCAUUUUUCUAUAAGUUUAAUGAUGAUGCAAUCUUAUGCAGUUUACGCUAGCAAUCGCUUAUGGAGCUAGUUAAAGGGGAACGAUAAACGAAUUGGAGGCAUUCAUUGUAGCAAGACUUGUUAAAAUCAUAAUUUGAUGUUUGAAUUUGAGUUAAAAAGGGAAGUAAUUCAUAUGAACAAUGCAUGUUGACAUAUUAAAAAAACUGGGUUAAUAUAUUUUCAUUGUUAUAUAUGUACAGGCUGAAUAAGUACAGUGAUUAUGCUUUGUACUGUUUGUUACAGUUUCACCUUUCCCUGUGUCAAUAAACCUGUGAACCGGGAAUCGUGUCGUCAGAGUCUUGAUGUGGGGAAGGAGUUUAGCUGACUGCCCAACCAUAGCAGAGGCAGUACAGUGAAACCACACUUCCUAGCGGGCAAGAUAACGUGGAAACGCCGACAGAUGGUUUCUGCUGCUGCGGUCGGCCGCGUCCUUCACGAGGAGGUCGUUCUGCACGGGAGGAGCGUUGAAACAGGGGAAACAGGGAAAGGCACCUGACAUGAUCGAGGGAAAUCCACAGUUUCAUGUGUCAAAUGUGCGAAACAGGCUGAGAGAAAUUGUGGGAGCUUCCACAAACUGGAGCGACCAUCAGCAGGCCAUGGCGGAGCGUGUCUCACUGUCCUCCAUGUUGGCCAAAUCUCAGAACGAACUUCCUGCCAAGAGGAUGAAGGACAGCUACCUGGAGGUCCACCUGCCCCUGGGCUCUGAGCCACAGCUCAGGGAGAAAUAUCUGACCUACCACAACACCGUCAGGUUUGGCAGAAUCCUGGAGGACUUGGACAGUUUAGCAGUCCUCAUCUCUUACUCUCACACCUACAACUCGGAACUAAAGAGGUCUCCUCUGUCUAUUGUCACCGCCCUGGUGGACAAAAUCGACAUGAGGCAGCACGUCAUCUAUCCCGACUGCGACAUCAAGUUCACAGGUCAUGUGACGUGGGUGGGGAAGUCAUCCAUUGAAGCCAAGAUCCACAUGUCACAGUACCGUGACGGAGCGUACGCCUCCGUUCUGGAUGCUACAUUCGUCAUGGUGGCUCGAGACCCAGGAAACAAGAGGGCAGCGUUUGUAAAUCCACUGAAGCCUGAAGGACCCGAGGAAGAACGACUCUUCCAGGAAGGAGAAGCUAACAAAUCCCGCCGUGUGGAGCUGAGCACUGCGUCGCUGCUGAAGGUCGCUCCCACACAAGAGGAGAGGACGGUCGUUCACGGCCUUUUCCUCAACACCCUGGACACCAACACAGUCAGUUUCCGCAGCAGAGUUCUGCCCCCAAACUCAGUGUGGAUGGAAGAUGCCAAACUGAAAGGACUGGAGAUCUGCCAUCCUCAGGAGAGGAACAUCUUUAACAGGAUAUUUGGAGGUUUUCUGAUGAGGAAAGCUUACGAGCUCGGCUGGGCCAACGCCUGCUCCUAUGGGGGCUGUCGGCCGAGUCUGGUGGCUGUCGAUGAUAUCCUCUUCCAGAAACCUGUGGAGAUUGGAUCUUUGCUGAUGCUCUCAUCGCAGGUGUGUUACACUCAGGGGACGUACAUCCAGGUCAGAGUUCACAGCGAGGUGUUUGACCCGCUGACCCGACAGCACAACACCACCAACAUCUUCCACUUCACCUUCACUUCAGACCGCGAUGUCCCCAACAUCAUGCCCAAGACUUAUGGAGAGUCGAUGCUGUACCUCGACGGAAAGAGACACUUUGACCAAACCGUGGCGUGCUGAGACGUCAAACUCACGACCUGCUGAAGCUUUUCAGCACCCAAACGCCGAACUCCAAGUGUUUCAGUGUUGAUGAGAAUAAUGAAUGAAUGCGGUUCUGACAUGCUUUUAUAUCACGGUUCUGAAUUUUAAACAACCCACGCGGUCACUUUGUUUGAAUCCUGUUGCUUCAAUCGAUCUGGAGGUUUACAUUUUGGUGUGUUUGAUGCACUACAGCAGAAGAAAAAGAUGCUUUUUUCUAUGUUUAUCUAUUUUAUACUCCUAUUGUUUUUCUCGCUUGUACCAGUCAGCGUUUACAGCCUCUCAACUGUCAUGUGUAAAUGCUCCAGCCUUUCUCAUUGCUUCAUAACCUCAUUUACUUCCGACUCCUCGGUGUUACAAUACAGCAUGUUACAUUUUCAUAUCUCACUGUUGCUUACACGCACAAACAGGUUUUCUUUUUUACACUUUAUUCUGAUGCUGCUGCAAAAAGAACGAGGGUGUCAAUUUUCUGGCCUUAACUGGUGUAUUUACUCGAAUGCAAUAAAAAAAGUUUUAUUUA